AUGGAAUCAGAAGACACUGUGAAGACUGGGCACAAAUCACAGGGUUCAGGUUCCAACAAUGAUGAUCAGUCUGAUUUUGAGCAGCUUGAUUCCCCAUGUGGAGGACAAUCCACCGGCUCCAAUGCUCUCUGGGAGAUGGUAGAAGAGAAAUUUCUAGAAUAUAAGCAGGUGGCUUUCAGGACACCAUCUGAACGUCAGAAGAGUCUGCUGAAUCUUCUCUCCCUGUUCCUAAAGGCCUGGAAGCACUCUGUGGGGAUCAUCUGCUUUCCCAGUAUUCAAAUGCUGGCAGAAGAUGUGUCUCACCAACUGGCCGAAGAGAUACAGAUGGCCCUUGCUGGAAAACCUGCAGAGCAAGCACGGGCAGUGACCGGAAAAUUGCUACAAUGGAAGGGGGAUAUGGACCAGGAUGAUUACCUGCUUCUGAAGUCUGUAUAUGUGCUCACAGGGACAGACUCGGAGACACUGGGCCGCAUUACUGAAUCCAGACUCCCAGCCCUGUUCCUACAGUGCCUUUACCUAUUCUUUGUUUUUCCUCUGGAAAAUGAUGAGCUUUUGGAGAGCAAUCACCAGGUUCAGAGGAUGUUUGUGCAGUUGUUGCUCAACAUUUAUAGUGAUUCUCAGAGUCUAGAAGGACUUGUCUCAGGAAAUGAGCUUCACUCUCUUCUGAUUGCCACGACCUGUCUUCGGGAACAGAGCUGCUGCUUUUGGAAAGAGCCUACCUUCUGUGUGUUAAGGGAGAUCUCCAAAACCCAGAACCUCAGCGUCAUCAAGUACCUGCAGGCCAUGGAUUGUAUUAAGAUUUCACUCCAGAAUCUCUCCAAACUUGUGGACACGUUCCCAAUUUCAGAAGUGAGCGAGGCUCUCAAUCUCAUCUUGGGUUUCGUGAAGGAUUCCUACCCCAUCUCUUCAGUUUUGUUCCUGGAGUUUGAGAAUGCCGAAGGUUACCCUCUGCUGCUCAAAGUGCUGCUUCGGUACGAUGGGCUGUCCCAGAGCAAAGAAGAUCCCCACCUGGAGGAGCUUUUCAGGCUGGUGAUAUGGCUGACAACUUGUGGACAGUCAGAGCUGAAGGUGUUUGACAAUGUCACCUACCCCCAACGUGAAGGCUUCAAGUUCCAUCAUGAAGCUCCUGGAACAACCAUUAAGAAUCUUCAGGCCUUCCAAGUCCUGCAGAACACCUUCCAUAAGUCCAGUGACACUCUUCUCUGCUUACAAGUCUUAUCGGCCAUCAGAACCAUGUGGACCUGGAACGCACGCAACUUCUUCCUCCUGGAGUGGAGCCUGCAGCCUAUGUCUCAGUUUGUGGAGCUCUUGCACCUUAAGUCAGUCCCAGUGCAGACACAGUUCUUCCAGUUGCUGGAGGUGCUGGUAUUUGAGCUAAACUAUGUGCCCCAUGAAAUCCUGUGGAAGGUUCAGUGCCUGAUCAAGGAGGACCUGGAGCUGCCCUGCACCCUCGUGGCCCUGCAGAGCAUCCAGAGAAUGGCAGGCAGAGACCCAUUCUUCACGGACAUAUUCCGGGACUCGGGGCUCCUGGCCCUGCUGCUAGCCCAGCUGCGGAAGAGAGCCAAGAUCCUGAGGAAAUCAGGAAACACAGAGUCUACCACUGGCAUUCAAGAUCCAGAAAGAGAACUCACUUGCUUGAUGCUAAGGACAGUGGCCACACUUCUUGAAGAUUCUGUUCGGAAUACAGUUGUCCUGAAAGACCAUGGCAUGGUACCCUUCAUCAAGAUCUUCCUAGAUGACGAGAGCUACCGAAGCGCCUCACUCAACAUCCUGGAGAAACUUUCAGUCAUCAAUGCAGAGGAGUACAUGAGCAUCAUCGUGGGUGCUUUAUGUUCAUCCACACAAGGAGAGCUUCAGCUGAAGAGGGAUCUCCUGGAGUCUCUAAUCAGGAUUCUGGGAACCCCCAAGGGCCGUGCUGCUUUCAGAAUCUCCAGUGGAUUCAAUGGGCUGCUGUCUUUGCUCUCUGAUCUGGAGGGAUCUCUUCAAGAACCCCCUCUACAGAUGUGGGAGUCAGUCUCUGCAGCUCAGACUCUGGACCUGAUCUUCCAUACCCUCUCUGCUGUGUCUGCAGCACUCCACCUAGACCCUGUCAACAGUGACUUCUUCUGGAGAAACGCGCUGUUUGAGAAAUUGGCUGAGGCUAUCUGCGUGCUGGGCUGUUUUGGAGUCCUGGAGGAAACGGGAACACCACUACAAUCCUGGGCAGACCCAAAGCCCAGGCCAUUUGCUGAUUUUCAGAGUGCUGCAUUUUCCUUCAACAGUCCAUUCCCAUCCAGUCUACAGAACUGCCUUCAGAUCCUCAGCUUUCUGGACAGCAUGGUCAGUAGCAGCCUGCACCUGCAGAAGGAUUUGACCAAAUCCCUGGGGGUCUGUCUGGAACCAGUUGUGGAUGUGCAGAAGGGAGAAGCCAACAGCACCUUCCAGCAGUGGCCAGACCUUGAAGAAAGGAUAGAAGAAGGUGAUGUUGUGAUAACGCACCCCGGCAUCGUAUGUAUCAUGGUGAGCUUAGUGCCACGGCUGUACCAUGAAGAUUACCCACAGCUUUCCAUGGAGAUCCAGUAUUCCUUGGCUGUCCAUCUGCAGUCCCUAGUGAAGUCAGAGAAGAACCGUCAGAUCAUGUGUGAGGCAGGCAUGCUCAGCACCCUGAUGGCCACGUGCCACAGAGCCCUGGUCACUAGCAGCCACCCUCUGCACCUGUGUCUCAUCAGGAUUUUUGAGAAGCUUGCCUCCCAGUCCAUCACACCUGAUGUGCUAAGACAGUUUCUAGGCCUUGUAAUCCCGUCAUCUGCAUCAGCUGCCAUGAACAUUCUGAAUUCAUCGGGAGAGAAUGAAGGCAACUCUGGUUGUGCAGGGUCCAAGGUAGCAGCCCUGAAUGCUGUGGAGGGUCCCCUGGAUGCUGGCCCUGGCAUUUCCCAGGAACUCAAGCCUGUGGGAGUGUCUCCCAGUUCAACAGCAGCCCUCCAGACAAUGCUGAGUCUCAUCUCUAUGACUUCCCCUCGGAACCUGCAACCUGAGAGGGCAGCCCUGACACCAUCAUUUGUGGAAUUCGACAUGUCCACAGAAGGUUAUGGCUGCCUGUUCAUUCCAACCCUGUCUAUGAUUAUGGGGACCAGCACUGGGUAUUCAGUCUCCGGAGGGAUUGGCACAGGUGUUGCCAGACCCUUCCCUCCUGCCAGGGGCUUGACCUUCUCUUGCUGGUUCCUGAUCAGCCGUCCUGGUACUGCCCAUAGCGGCCACCCACUCCGCUUCCUCACACUGGUGCGCCACCUUUGCAGAACUGAGCAGCCCUAUGUCUGUCUCUCCAUCAGUCUCUGCCCUGAUGACUUCUCCUUGGUGGUGUCCACAGAGGAGAAAGAGUUUCAGCCCUUAGAUGCGAUGGAGCCUGAGGGUGACGCUGAGCCCUCUGCAGGCUGUCAGCUACAGGUCAAGUGUGGGCAGCUGCUGGCUUGUGGGCAAUGGCAUCAUCUGGCUGUCGUGAUCACCAAGGAGAUGAAACGGAAUUGCAUUGUUUCCACGUACUUGGAUGGACAGAUAAUUGGCUCAGCCAAGAUGUUAUACAUCCAGGCCUUACCGGGACCUUUCCUUUCCAUGGAUCCAUCUUCAUUUGUGGAUGUGUACGGAUAUAUUGCUACUCCUCGAGUUUGGAAGCAAAAAUCAUCAUUGCUCUGGCGCCUUGGUCCAACAUAUUUCUUUGAAGAAGCCAUCUCAAUGGAAGCUCUGGGAGUUAUUAACAAACUUGGCCCAAGAUACUGUGGUAACUUCCAAGCUAUUCACACCCAAGGAGAGGACUCUGGUGAAGUUAUGCCUCUCGUUGCGGAGGAGAGGGUUUCCUUGGGACUUCAUGUGGCCAGCUCAUCCACCACCAGUGUGGCAGAAAUAAGACACGCUUACAACGAGGUGGACAGCCGCCUGAUAGCCAAAGAGAUGAACAUUUCAUCUCGUGACAAUGCCACGCCUGUGUUCUUGCUAAGAAAUUGUGCUGGCCACCUCUCGGGCUCUCUUCGAACAAUUGGAGCAGCUGCUGUGGGCCACUUAGGGGUGAGGGUGUUUCACUCCAGUCCUGCAGCCAGCAGCCUGGACUUCAUUGGAGGUCCCGCCAUCCUCUUGGGCCUCAUGUCCUUGGCAACAGAUGACCACACCAUGUAUGCAGCUGUGAAAGCCUUACACUCAGUCCUGACCAGCAACACCAUGUGUGACCAACUGAUGUGGCACAUCUCUGGGUACCAGAUGAUGGCCUUUCUCCUGCGGAAAAAGACCUCACUCCUAAAUGAUCGAACCUUUCAGCUCAUCCUCUCAAUUGCUGGCACUGCGGAACUUGGCUUCAGAUCCUCUGCUAUCACCAACAUCGGUAUCUUCAAGCAUGUCCUCUGUAACUUUGAGCUCUGGAUGAACACUGCCGACAAUCUGGAUCUUGCCCUCUUUUCCCACCUGGUUGAAAUCUUCCAGUCACCAAGGGAAGGACCCCGGAAUGCUAAAGUUGCUCACCAAGCACAGCUUAUCCCCAAGCUUAUCUUCCUCUUCAACGAGCCAAGUCUCACCCCUUCCAAGAUCCCCACAAUCAUUGCUAUCCUGGGACACCAGCUGAGAAGCCACUUUAACCUCCAAGACUUUCUCAGGAUCGCACUCUUUGUUGUGUAUACCCUCAAGCCUGCAGCAGUGAAUGAGAGGCAGAUCUGCAUGGAGCAAGUCGUGGACUUCCCCAAGGCUGCUGGAAGCCAAACAUCUGGAAAGACAAUCUGGCUCAGAAACCAGUUGCUGGAGAUGCUACUCAGUAUAAUAUCUUCUUGCCACCUUCGUCUGUCCUCCGAGUCAAGGGACGAGACCUUUCUGAACCUGGGGCCAGACUGGUUUCUGCUUCUCAUGCAGAGCCACGUGCAUCCUAGCACCACUGUGUUGGGUCUAAAGUUACUGCUGCACUUUGUGUCAAAUCCCACCCUCCGGGGCCGAUUCAAGGAACAAAUGUCUGCUGGAUCCUGGGUAGAAAACAGUGCUGCGGGUGUGGAUGUCAUAAUGGACAACCUGAAGAUUCCCCCUACCACACCCGAGCAGAAACCCUGCCUGCUGCCUGGAUUCCAAGUGUUGAGUGACUUUUUAACACACCAUAUUUAUGUUGCUGAAAUCUACCUCAUCGUGUCAACCUUCUUCCUGCAGACGCCAGUCACAGAGCUGACUGAUGCACCUAAAGUAAUUAUUGAUGAAUUACAUCCUUGCAUUCUUGCCAAGAUAUUUAGCUGCUGUAUUCAUAUUCUUUUAACAUAUUUACUUAUUCUGUUUAUAAAUAUUUUAUUUAUGCCUUUGGCAGGUUCCGAAGACAGUUCCUGGGAACAGACCUUCCCUGACAGUGUGCUGCAGUUCCUGGGCCUCGUCCAUUCCGCCUACCCUGAGGACCCCAUGUGGGAAGCCCCAGAAUUUCUUCAGACUCUGGCUGCAGUCACCUUCCCUCUAGGGAUCCAAAUGGGACCCUUGACUGAGCCCAUCUGGAAUGCUAAGAGUCCUAUAACCAAGGCUGAAGAUUAUUGCACUGAGGAGGGUCUUCAGGCACCUGUCAAGUUGCAUCUUACCCAGUUGCAUCCUGCCCAGAAGCAGCUGAGAAAGUUCACACAGCUCCUCUUAAAGGAACUCCUGAAGAAAGCCUCUUCCUCCAAACAUUGGUUGCCUCUGGAGGUUCUCCUGGAGGCCUAUCCGGAGAAUGCCACUGGCUUACAGAAACGAGAUUUCCAAUCUGAGGUGCUGCUUUCUACCAUGGAGAUCUUCCAUGUUGUGAGUGAAGGCAAUGAACAGAUACUGGAAGGCAGUAAGGAGCCUCAGGCAAAUGCAGAAACUGCUGUAGCUCCAUCCCUCACCAACAUCUCCUACUUCACAAAGAAGCUGGUGGAGAAGCUGCACAGUGGAAUGUUCACAAGAGACCCCAAAUACGUCCUACUCUUUAUCACAGAGCACAUUUUAAUGGUCAUUGAGAAUGCCUCAUCUCAAAAGGAAGUCACCCUCAGUGCUUUGUACAGUGGUUUGAAUAAAGUUAUUCUGUACUGCCUUUCCAAGCCCCACCAGUCUUUCUCUGAAUGCCUCAGUCUUCUCAGCAUCUUGGAAUUCCUGCAGGAGCACUGGGACAUUGUUUUUGCCACCUACAAUUCCAAUGUCAGCUUUCUUCUCUGUCUCAUGCAUUGCUUUUUGUUGCUCAAUGCAAGAAGCUACCCAGAAGGAUUUGGAUUGGAAACCAAACCCAGAAUGACUGCUUAUCAUUACGUCUUUCUUUCUCCAAAUGAAGACACGAAAGGGAAAAGAAUGGAAAGCUCAAGCUUGAGUGAUGUCCAGCACAACAUCCAGAGAAUGGUCUGGACUCUCUGGCAGCGGCUUGUAGCACAGAAGCGGCAGGUGUUGGAAGAUGCCUUCAAGAUUGAUCUAUCUGUGAAGCCUGGACAGAGCGAAGUAAAAAUUGAAGAAGUCACUCCACUUUGGGAGGAGACCAUGUUCAAGGCCUGGCAGCAUUACUUAGCAUCUGAAAAGAAGAUGUUGACUAAUCGUUCUAGCGUCACUCACCACAGCAAAGUCACUUCACGGAGUGGCAGCCUGACUUCAGCCAUGAGACUGAUGCCAAGCCGGCUAGCCAAGGAUUCUGAGCGCAAGGCAGAGGAUUUUGUGUCAUGUAUCAAGAACUACAGAAGAAAAGGACAGGAACUUUAUGCUUCUUUAUACAAAGAACAUGUGCAGAGACAGAGAUGUGGCCACAUGAAGGCAGCCAAAGCGUGGGCCAGCACCAAGGAGCAACUUUUUGGGGAGCUGGGUUUGUGGGGCCAGACAAUGGCAACCAUGCCUUGGUCACGGUGGGAGUUGGACUGGAGAGAAGGACCUACUCGCAUGAGGAGAAGAAUCAGACGUUUGUCUCCACUGGUGGCCCUGCGCCAAGCAACUGACAAGGAGAUUGAAGACAGAAACGAUGCUAUUUCUCAAACAAAUGGUAGAAACCAAGAUGAACUGAUGCCAAAGAACGCUGAGAGCAAGCAAGACAAGGUGGUCAUGGAUUGCACCCAACUGACUUUCUUCCCUGCCUUACAUGAAACUCUGCAUUCAGAAGACUUUUUAGAGCUGUGCAAGGAAAGACAAGUUAUUUUACAGGAGCUUCUUGAUCAAGAAAAGGUAUCACUGAAGUACUCCCUGGUGAUUGUGCAAGGACAUCUGGUGUCGGAAGGGGUCCUUCUCUUUGGCCACCAGCACUUCUACAUCUGUGAUAACUUCACACUAUCUCCAAUGGGCGAUAUCUACUGUACCCACCACUGCUUGUCCAACAUCAGCGAUCCAUUCAUUUUCAACAUGUGCAGCAAAGACAGGUCCUGCAAUCAUUACUCAUGCCAGCGCUACAGCUAUGCAGAAAUCAGGGAGAUUCGCAAGACACGCUUUCUUCUGCAGGAUAUCUCCCUGGAAAUCUUCUUCCAAAACGGAUAUUCCAAGUUUCUUGUCUUCCACAAUAGUGACCGGAGUAAGGCCUUCAAAAGCUUCUGCUCUUUCCAACACGGUUUGAAGGGGAAGAACAUCACAGAGGACUCUCUCGAUCUAAGGAAACACCCUGGCUCAGACCGAACCAUGCUUCAGAGGUGGCAGAAAAGGGAAGUCAGCAAUUUCGAGUAUCUCAUGUACCUCAACACGCUGGCUGGGCGGACCUACAAUGAUUACAUGCAGUAUCCAGUAUUUCCCUGGGUUCUGGCUGACUAUGCCUCAGAGACAUUGAACUUGACAAACCCCAAGACUUUCCGGGACCUUUCACAGCCCAUGGGAGCUCAAACUAAGGAAAGGAAGCUGAAAUUCAUCCAGAGAUUUAAAGAAGUUGAGAAAACUGAAGGAGACCUGACUGUCCAGUGCCACUACUGCACUCACUACUCUUCUGCCAUCAUUGUUGCCUCCUAUCUAGUCCGGAUGCCACCAUUUACCCAGGCCUUCUGUUCUCUGCAGGGUGGCAGCUUCGAUGUGGCAGAUAGAAUGUUCCACAGUGUGAAAAACGCAUGGGAGUCUGCCUCCAGGGAGAACAUGAGUGACGUCAGGGAACUGACACCAGAGUUCUUCUACUUGCCUGAGUUCCUAAUGAAUUGUAAUGCAGUGGAGUUAGGCUGCAUGCAGGAUGGGACAGUGCUAGGGGAUGUACAACUCCCUCCCUGGGCUGAUGGAGAUCCUCGGAAAUUCAUCAGCCUUCACAGACAGGCUCUGGAAAGUGACUUUGUCAGCUCCAACCUCCACCAUUGGAUAGACCUCAUUUUCGGAUAUAAGCAGCAAGGCUCAGCGGCAGUGGAGGCGGUGAACACCUUCCACCCCUACUUCUAUGGUGACAAGCUGGACCUCAGCAGCACCCGAGAUCCGCUGAUCAAGAGCACAAUCUUGGGCUUUAUCAGCAGCUUCGGACAGGUGCCCAAACAGUUCCGUGGCUUCAUUAGUUUCCACAAAGCUUGGAGAGACUGUGUAAUGGCUGGAGAUAUGUACCUCUUUUCUCUAGGCUCUGAAUCCCCCAAGGGAGCCAUCGGUCAAAUUAUCCCCACGGAAAAGACCAUCUUGGCUGUGGAGAAGAAUAAGGUGCUCAUGCCUGACCUCUGGAACAGGACUUUCAGCUGGGGCUUUGAUGACUUCAGCUGCUGCUUGGGCACCUAUGGCUCUGACAAGGUCCUGAUGACGUUUGAGAACCUGGCUGCUUGGGGCCGCUGCCUAUGUGCUGUGUGCCCCUCUGCAACAAUGGUCAUCACGUCAGGAGUCAGCACGGUGGUGUGUGUGUGGGAUCUCCGCACGACCAAAGGUCAGGCAAGAGGUCUGCACCUUAAGCAGGCCUUAUAUGGACACACCAAGACUGUCACAUGUCUAGCAGCAUCAGCCACCUUUAGCCUCUUAGUGAGUGGCUCCCAGGACCGUACCUGCAUCUUGUGGGACCUGGACUACCUCAAUCAUGUCACCCGUCUGCCUGCUCACCGGGAGGCCAUCUCUGCCAUUACCAUCAGUGAUAUCUCGGGCACCAUCGUCUCCUGUGCUGGAGUCCAGUUGUGCCUAUGGACUGUCAAUGGACAGGCGCUGGCCAGCAUCACCACAGCCUGGGGUCCAGAAGGAGCCAUAACCUGCUGCUAUGUGAUGGAGGGACCAGCCUGGGACACAAGCCACAUCAUCAUCACGGGGAGUCAUGAUGGCAUGGUCCGGAUUUGGAAAACGGAGGAUGUGAAGAUGUCUGCCUCUGGGCACAUCAUGGCCGAGAGUGAGGCCUCAUCUACACCUCGGAGUCUAAAAGGUCACAGGUGGGAGAAGAACCUGGCCCUUUGUCGAGAGUUGGAUGUCAGUGUUGCUUUGACAGGGAAGCCAAGGAAGACCAGCCCUGCAGUGACAGCUUUGUCUGUGUCCAGGAACCAGACCAAACUCCUGGUUGGUGAUGAAAAGGGGAGAAUCAUCUGCUGGUCUGCAGAUGGGUAGGAGCAAAAAUACAGCACUAGGCUCCUCCUUGGAAGCUUCGAGGGCAGCAGCCAGUGUGCUCUCAGGGCAAUGGCAUGAGGUAAAAUUUGUCUAUGAUGCAAGACCUGAAUUUGGCUGCAAGUGAAACCCCAGUUGUCCUCCUCCCUCUCCCAUUGCAACUAAUACCCACUCAAUACUCCUAAUGGCCCCAGAAUUUCACCUUUGAUUCCAGAAAGAUGUGCCUCUACUACAGGAUAAGAUCGCAUGUUCAAGAACCUGCAGGCAGCCUGAUGAUAGAUCCUGGAGCCAUGCUUCACACUAAAUUACUCAUAAGUUGCUUUAUUAAAGGUUUAUUGCAUUAAAAUGUUUGUUUGCUUGGUGGAAACAGAAAAUAAGUGUUGUCUAUUAAAGUACA